AUGGAAGAUGAAGAUGAAGUUUUGGAGGCGCUUGACAAAAGAUUGAUGCAGGAAGUGGUGAUCACUGCGAACGAAUUUGGCUUCAUGCGAGGCAGAUCAACCACGGUUGCUAUCUUUGCUUUAAGAUCAGUCCUCGAAACAUACAGAGGAGGAAGGCAAGACAUUCACGUGGUGUUCUUACACCAGGAGAAAAUGUUUGACCGAAUCCCGGAGCAAGUAAUCUGGUGGAGCAUGAAAAAGUACGACAGAGUGACAACGAUAGUUCGAAGUAUAAGGGGCGAAAUGGAAGAGUUUUCUAUGCGGGUUGGAGUUCACCAUGGAUCCGCACUGAACUCAUUUCUGUUCUCGAUGGCGACAGACACGAUAAGUGAGGAUUUGCAUUAG